GCCAAGGACCUUGCAAUUGAAAAAUUACAGGGCCAACUCUCAUCCCGCCGCACCAAUCAAGGUGCUCAAUCCAGCUCUCAGGUAACACCAACCCAAGAGCUUGUUACUAUUCACCAACCCGAUGCUACUCAAGGUAGCUACGCAUCUGCUGCCCGUAAAGGUGCCCAACAUCGUGACCCUGCCCGUACUACCAAGCGACGUCUUGCUGCAGGUCGCCGCUCUGGUAAAAUCCUGCGCUCUGAGGUUCGUUACCAACUUCGCCGAGCUGGUAUUGAUACUGGCCGUGUGUUAGACAUCUGUUUCCCUGCCACUGGCGUCAUUGGCAUCUUGCUCCACAUCCAAUAUGUAGAGGAGUUUCUCGCCUGUAUGCGCAAAUGUGAAGCUGAUCACAUUGAAAACUUUCAACCCUUGGAUCCCAACAACAUUGCUGAUCCCAUCCCAAUAUGCUGA